AUGGAGGUUGCAAUGGUGAGUGCGGAGAGCUCAGGGUGCAACAGUCACAUGCCUUACGGUUAUGCCGCGCAGGCCCGGGCCCGGGAGCGCGAGAGGCUGGCUCACUCGAGGGCGGCUGCGGCGGCCGCUGUCGCUGCGGCCACAGCUGCUGUGGAAGGCGGCGGGGGGUCUGGAGGGGGCGCCCACCAUCACCACCACCAGUUGCGUGGGGCCUGCACCUCCCAAGACCCUCAGAGCGGCCGGGGAAGUAAGAGGAGGAGGCGACAGCGGCCCGAGAAGAAGAAAGUCCACCACCGGCAGAGCAGCUUUCCUCACUGCUCCGACCUGAUGCCCAGUGGCUCCGAGGAGAAGAUCCUGCGGGAUCUGAGUGAGGAGGAGGAGGAAGAGGAGGAAGAGGAGGAGGAAGAGGAAGAAGAGGAGGCAGAGGAGGAGGAGGGGAGGUUCCACUACAGCGAGGAUGACCGCGGCGAUGAGUGUUCCUACACCGACCUGCUGCCCCAGGACGAUGCGGGCGGCGGCGGUGGCGGCUACAGCUCGGUCCGCUACAGCGACUGCUGCGAACGCGUGGUGAUCAACGUCUCAGGCCUGCGCUUUGAGACCCAGAUGAAAACACUGGCCCAGUUCCCCGAGACUUUGCUGGGGGACCCUGAGAAGAGGACUCAGUAUUUCGACCCUCUGCGUAACGAGUAUUUUUUUGACAGGAACAGGCCUAGCUUUGAUGCCAUCUUAUACUAUUACCAGUCAGGGGGCCGCCUGAAGAGGCCUGUCAACGUCCCCUUUGAUAUCUUCACCGAGGAGGUGAAGUUCUACCAGUUGGGGGAGGAGGCCCUGCUCAAGUUUCGGGAGGAUGAGGGCUUUGUGAGAGAGGAGGAGGACAGGGCCUUGCCAGAGAAUGAAUUUAAAAAGCAGAUCUGGCUGCUCUUUGAGUAUCCAGAGAGCUCCAGUCCAGCGAGGGGCAUAGCUAUCGUCUCGGUCCUGGUCAUCCUCAUCUCCAUCGUCAUCUUCUGCCUGGAAACCUUGCCAGAGUUUAGGGACGACAGGGAUCUUAUCAUGGCACUGAGCACAGGCGGGCCCAGUGGGUUGUUGAACGACACCUCGGCCCUCCACCCGGAGAACUCAGGGCACACGAUAUUCAACGACCCCUUCUUCAUUGUGGAGACAGUCUGUAUCGUGUGGUUCUCCUUUGAGUUUGUGGUUCGCUGCUUUGCUUGUCCCAGCCAAGCCCUCUUCUUCAAAAACAUCAUGAACAUCAUUGACAUCGUCUCCAUUUUGCCUUACUUCAUCACGCUGGGCACGGAUCUGGCCCAGCAGCAGGGGGGUGGCAACGGGCAGCAGCAGCAGGCCAUGUCCUUUGCCAUCCUCAGGAUCAUCCGUCUGGUCCGAGUAUUCCGGAUCUUCAAACUCUCCAGGCACUCCAAGGGCCUGCAGAUCCUGGGCCACACCCUGCGAGCCAGCAUGCGGGAACUGGGCCUUCUGAUCUUCUUCCUCUUCAUUGGGGUCAUCCUCUUUUCCAGUGCUGUGUAUUUCGCGGAGGCGGAUGAACCGACUACCCAUUUCCAAAGCAUCCCAGAUGCAUUUUGGUGGGCCGUGGUGACCAUGACAACUGUGGGCUACGGGGACAUGAAGCCCAUCACCGUGGGGGGCAAGAUCGUAGGGUCUCUGUGUGCCAUUGCAGGUGUCUUAACCAUUGCUUUGCCAGUGCCAGUGAUUGUCUCUAACUUUAACUAUUUCUACCACAGAGAGACUGAAAAUGAGGAACAGAUACAGCUGACACAGAAUGCAGUCAGUUGCCCGUACCUCCCUUCUAAUUUGCUGAAGAAAUUUCGGAGUUCUACUUCUUCUUCCCUGGGGGACAAGUCAGAGUAUCUAGAGAUGGAAGAAGGGGUUAAGGAAUCUCUGUGUGCAAAGGAGAAGUGUCAGGGAAAGGGGGAUGACAGUGAGACAGAUAAAAACAACUGUUCUAAUGCGAAGGCUGUGGAGACCGACGUGUGA